CUACUGUUAAUAAAUAUUUAAUUCAUUCUUUUUAUAUUAUUAAUUAAUAUAAAUGUAUAUAUUUAAGAAGAAAAUGCAUAUAUAAUUAAAUUCUGUAAAUUUCUGAGAUUUAAAGAGUGAAACAAAUUCAAUAUUUGCUUAGUUACUUACUAUAUAUAUUUAAUUCAAGAAUAUUCAAAUACAAAGAUGCAAGUCAGCAUGAUGGAAUGGUUUUAAAAUUUAGCUAAACGUUUGUAUAUCUAAAAUUUAUAAAAAUAUUUCUUUUUUUUUUGAUAAAAACACUUCGAAAACACAAGCAGUCAUUAUCAUUAAAAAUGGAGAAGCAACUGUGAUAACAUAAGAAAUCACAUCAUAAUGCAGUGGAACAACAACACAAAUAAAAACCAUCAAUUAUGUCAAUCCAAUCACAAACAUCAGAUGCUUAUUGAGGGUGUUUUAGGGAAGGUAGUAUGGCUAACAGUGCUAACACUAAUCACAACACUAAACAUAACUGUCAUGUACGCUAGUCUACAAUAUCGUAUCUUACGACAAAAUGCUCUUCAUCGUAUCGUUAUGUCUAAUUACGCAGCAAACUUAGUGUUUGGUAUAUCAACAUGUACUGCAAUAUUAAUAUCAACAAAACAGGCGACAUGCAUACAAGUUGUUAUCACAUACUGUUUUACAAUUGUUGGAGGGACCGCUGGGAUCCUUGGAGCAAUGUCUUUGAGCAUAAUGCGAAUAAAACAAGUUUUAAAAAUUCAAGUUAAUAACAAUAUCAUCAAAAAGCUCCACUCAAAUAAGAAGUUACAAGUGUCUUAUCAUCUCUGCUUUAUUUGGUUUACUAGUGUCAUAGUAUCCAUAGUCCCUGCGUUUAUCGACACCACAGAAUUAAUGGCAUUACCAUUCAUUGUAGGUAUUUUGAGCAUAAUCAUGACCGUAACUAUUCGUUUAAAAACAUAUAAAAAAAUAAAAAACCAAAGAAUAACAAUCAGACAAUCAAGUUUAAAAAGAUAUGAUAAAACAUUGUUGCGUACAGAACACAUAAUACAAAGUAAUACAUUGAUGUUAGUUUUAGCUUGGAUGCCAAUAUUAUUAAUGAAAACCCUAAUUUAUUUUGCAGCCAUUAACAUUAUCUAUUUGUUGCAUGGUUUCAUAUGUAUUUCAAUAUUGUAUCCUAUUUUACACCCAAUACUAUGUGUCUAUCAAACUAAAGAACUAAAAAAAUAUUUUACAAGAUUUCAAAGCAAUUGUUGCAAAAGACCAAACAUAAAUUUCCUUACACAUGAACAAUAUAAAAACAAAAAGCAAAGUACUCAACGUAUCGAUCCGUUUACAAUUACCAAGAAAGAAGAAAGCACAAUGCAAUGUACCAAAAUGGACACUGCAUAGCAAAGUGACCAAAUUUUGUAGUUGAAAAUGUUUUAUCUACCCAACUAUGUAUGAAAUAACCCUAAAUGUAUUUCAUGCCAGUAAAAUUGGUGAUGUGACAUGUCAUUUGCCUGCUCACGUUUUUAAACUUGUGUUCUAAAUUGGCAGUUUAUUCGUUUUGCAACCGCAUGCUCUCAUUCAUGACCAAGAGUUAAAUUAAAAGAGAAAAACUUAUGUACGUUCAUUCCAACUUUCCAAUUUUAAGAAAAAAUGUCAACGUGAAUGAAAACUUUUUGUUCACACAUCAGCAAUUGCUGUUUUGAAAGAUUUUAACUAGCCUUGUUGAGCGUCAAUGUGAAUUAAAAAGGCUUUAACAGAAUUUAACAGACACCUAUAAUACAACCUCAAAUGUCCCUUAAAAAUAUUCACUUGAUUCACAAACAGAGCUAGUUCAUGGAGCAUCAACAAAAAUGUAGUCAUUUCCUCUAAAUUUAACAAGAGCAAACUUGAAGUCUAUUAUUUAUAGAUAAAAAAAAUAAUAUUUUAUGCUAAGAUUAUGUACUUAAAAAAUCUUAAAAAUAAAAAAGAUGCAAAACACAUACCAGUGUUUCCUUUUUGUUUCUCUUUACCACAACAAAAAAACUGUGCAGAAAUAAAAACAACGAAAUUUGUAUGAGAAGGUCUUCUUCAUUCUGUGCUUUACAACAUCGAGCCAGAAUGACUAACUAAAAUAUAACAGUAUGUCAAACACCAAAUAAGAGAAAUCAGAUAAUUAAAAAACAAAUUUAUAACUAAGUGUAACUCAGUGCAAAUUUGAAAAAAGGUAUUUUGAAAUAAACAAGAAAAAAUUAGUAUAAACAUAGCGUAGAUACACAAAAUUGUGAAAAAACACCAUCUACCUGGCCAACAACCCAACCUC